CUUAAUCAAAAAUAAGCCCUAAAACAAACACUCCCCAACUCACGGCAAACCCUGGAGACGAAGCUCCUUCGAAAUGGAUGAAUACAGGAGGCUUAUUCAAGAAGCAUUUGGAGAGUCGUCGGAAGAUAGCGACGACGAGGAUCAUCGACAACAGCUGGAAGGCUCGAACAUUGCGGUUGAAGCUCAAUUUAUAUUUGGGGAGAACCCUAAAUGGGAGCGAAUAAGUGACAUCAAGGGGCUAAGCUUAUGUAGAGAUUUUUUAACUUCUGAUCAACAAUCAACUUUGCUAGCAUCAAUCCUACAAGAAGGAUGGUUCAGUGAGGCUUCUCACAAUCAGGCUAUGAGGUUUGGUGAUCUUCCACCAUGGGCGAAGGAGCUUUCAACAGGUAUACAUGAAGUUGUCCAGUAUGGUGAUUAUGAUCCUGAAUCCAUGGAAAUGGAUAAACAAGAAUUCAUAUUUCCAUCAGAGCUACUGAAGAGGGAGCCUCUCUUUAAUCAACUCAUUGUUAACUCAUACCAGCCAGGUGAGGGAAUUUGUGCACAUGUGGACCUGAUGCGGUUUGAAGAUGGGAUAGCCCUAGUUUCCCUAGAAUCAUCCUGUGUGAUGCAUUUCAGCCGUGUACAUGAAUCUGCAAAUGAAAACAAGAUCCCUGUAUACUUGACACCUGGCUCUUUACUGUUGAUAUCAGGUGAAGCCCGAUACGAAUGGAAACAUGAAAUCAACCGCAAACCUGGUUUCCAGAUAUGGGAUGGCCUAGAAAUUCAUCAGAAAAAAAGAACCUCCAUUACAUUGAGAAAGCUUUGCAAGAGUGACACUAGUACUUAACUGUAUACUCUCUUGUCUCUUCAAAGGAUAUGAAAUAAUGUUAAUAUAGACUUGACACACAAAAAUUUAUAUUUCGCAUAUAGGAAAUUUCAUUUGGGCUCUUA